AUCCUGCCCCUUACCUUCACGUACUGGAAAGCGUUUGGGUUGUUUGUGUGUGGUUUUUUUCUUUUCUUUUUUUUUCCUAGAAAAAAAUAACAGUGCAAGCGAAGUACUGCCACUUGCAGACGAGACCUGUGCUUUAAGUGAUCGAAAUAAAACGGCUCCCGGACUCCGAGCAGCUGUGAGAGGUUGCUACGUGGCUCGCGCCUGUCCUAGAGGAAUGUCACGGGAAGCACGGAACAUCAAGCGGACGUGCUGUAAUCAUAACGAUAUGACACUGCACGUUUAAUUCUUCACGUUAAGAAAACCUGGCGCCUCAAGCCGCAGUGUUUUAGGGAGGUUAAAAAAAUCAACUUGAAAGUAUUAUCACCGCGGUGGAGAUUUGUGCAAAACGACAUAUUCCGCUGCCAAUAUGCCGAGCAAUGAAGUAAAGCAUAGAAAAGGAAAAUCGGGUGUAGCACCGAACGGAGAAACAUCCGAUGCGCCAAAGCAAUGUUGCAGAGACGAAGCCAAGAAAGAUGGAGUAAGCCAGCCGGUACAAAAUAAUUCGGUUGUUGGAAGAAGUUGCGUCCGUUGUUCGCUAACGUUAGAUCUCAAGACGGUAGUGAGUUUUUUGUCUUUGAGUACCUGCUUCGUGCUGGCAUGGGUGGUUGUUCAACAGAAUGCAAGGUUUAUCGAGGUUGAAGAAAAAUACAGAUAUUUAUACGAAAAGUCAUCUGAUCUCCUGGUACUAGAAGAAAAGUUAAGUGAAGUUUCCAAAAAGCUGGAUGACUCAGAAGUCCACCUGAAGGGAGCGCUCUCCCCGUCACUUCUGCUUACGAGGCUGGAACAUGACGUUGUAUCCCUCAACAAUGAUGUCGCAGCGAUACAGGAGGACCAGAACAUUUCUUCCCACUGGCUCCAGAGCACAAACAAACGCUUCCUGAAUGUGACAGAGACAUGGCAAGGGAAUCUGGCCUCCGUGUCUGAUGGCCUUGCAGCACUGAGGUCCGAGUCACGUUCAGUCCAUAGGCGCGUGGCCGAGAGCAUCAACAAGGCGGAGGGCCACCUGCGUGCCCUCACUGAGCGUCUGGAGGAGCUGGAGGACAGCACCAGGAGGAAUUCCCGUGUGCUGGAGCGCACGGAGGAGGACGACACCCGGCGUGUCCAGGAGCAGCUGGACUGGAACACCGGCCAGGUGGUGAGGCUCCGCGAGCAGUUUGCCCUGCUGUCCCGGCACGACGCCGAACUCGAGGAGAAACUGGAUGAGACGGUGCCGCGGGCCCAGGAAUGCGCCGCCCAUCUGCCUGCUGUGGAGGAGGCGGUGAAGUCCAUCCUGAGACUGAGCGCCGACCUGAGUGCCGUCCAGGAGAGGAUGGAGGAGAUCACACUGCAGGUGCUGGGCACAGAGGACAGCAUGCUGAAGGCACUCGGCCAGAUCCUGGAGCUCAGGCAGGGGCUCGGCGAGUUGCAUAUGGCUAGUGUGAUGAAGGCGAACAGCAAGCUCAGACCCAUCGUGGCAGCGGUGGAAGAGCUUGGGCACAUGCAGACAGAGCAGGGUCUGCACUCAGUGAGAGAGGGGCCCAGACUUGAUGAAGGAAAGGACUUUGAAAAGGAUGACAUUGCAGAUCUAGAAGUUGAAUAUAUUAGGCAAUUAUAUGAUGGUGUAGUGGAACAGAAUGGUUUUCCAGAGUCUGCACUAGAUAAUAGUGAUGGUCAAAGCAUAGAAGCUGAAGAGCACUCUGUGACAAAAUGAUACAUGAAUUCCUCUGAUUUUAUUUAAUAUACUUAUGAACACUGAUGAUUAACUGCACUAAAGGUAUGAACCUUUUGGGUUUUGUUUUGUGUCAGCCAUUUUUCAUGUUGGAAACCCAAAUUCAUUACAAUGUCUUCAUGGGUAAGGGCACCACACCAGGGAACUGGCUUCUUCGAAUUUCAAACUGUAACGAAGGCUGAAGGCAGGAGGUAAAUGUGAGCUCUGGCCACCGGACCAAAGGGCACACAUUUAACCUUUCUAAGUAAUGGUCUCCAUCACACAAAGUACUUUUUCACUAACUGCUGACCUGCACUGAGCCCCUAACCAGUGCACUCAUUCCUAAUUUAUUUCAAGGGCGCUCCAAUGUUGUCGUCUCCAUCAACUCGUGGUAGAGCUGUACACUUUGUUUGCUAAUCAUUACUGGCAAUCCUGAUGUCGACAAAGGCUGUCAUUUAUAUAAAUGCGCCUCUAACAAUUCACAGAUUUUUUUUUUGAUUUUUUUUUUUGAAACAUUGCUCAUUUCGGUCAAUUCUAGACAUGCCAGCAUGAGUGUAAACAAAUGGGGGAAAAAAUAAUGCAAAACCAGCUUUUAAACAUGUCAGCAAGGAUUCACCACCGUGCUUUAAUUAUACUGCAAGACCUACUGCAAAUGCAGUGUGUAGCAGUAUAAUCAUGUGAUAUUUUUGUCCAUAUUGUACAGCUUUACAUCAUAGCCUUGGUAAAGAGCACACAGCUGCAGUCUCACUAGAGUAACAAGAUUUCAUAUUCAUAUAACACUGCAGAACUUCACUGAUAUGCCGUCUAUUAUGAAUGUAGCAAAGGAGUGCACUGUUCAUAUCAGUCAUUAGGUAUAAAGGCUAUAACAUUGAACAUGGUUUUUAAUAUUUAAUUUUGGGUACACAACUAAUUUUCAUUUGUAUUCUCAUAUAUGCAAAAAUAAAUAUGUGCUACAUUAGGGUUAUGCUGUAUACACCAGUAUGCUUUUCCCUCUUUUUACAAUACUAUUUGGGGUUGGCCUCUGGAGUAUAUUUUUGAAGUUCUCAUAAUGGGUCAAAGAUCAAAAUCAUUGAGAAACAUCCCAGAUUGUUUAGAGGGCUUUGUAUGCUCUAAAAUGGAUGCCAGGCUUUUGUUUUCUAAAAUAAUGCAGCAUUAAAACAUUGUAAGAUCAGUAAUGUUCAAACUAGAGCAUAAAGAAGGAUGGAAAUGUAUUAUCCUGUCGGUCACAGUCCAGUAUUCAGUAUUUCCAAUAUACUCCCAGGCGUAUAGGCUAUUAUUAAUCAGGUACAGGUGAUGUAGCCAAGCAAACCUUGUGAGGCAGGAGACAAGAUGUCUUUAGACAAUGAGCUACAGUGUUAUAUGAUUUGUAUAUGUGUAAGUUGUGUGUGGAAUUUUUGUUCAAACCGUCAUCUUGCGUAAAGGAAACUUCAGUAGGUCUUCAUUUUCAUUCUGCCUGCUGGUGCUUUUGUUCAGAAAAGUUGAAAAAGCUUUAAAAAAUACACAAUCCAGUGUUCUUGUAACUUAAAUGGCUAAAGUGUUUGAAAGCCAUAGUUAUAAUUACUACAUCAAACUUGUAUAAUACCAUAUAUUAGUUUUUAAUGCAGUUUUCCUCAGUCUGUGGCCUUUUAUGUAUUUUCCCUGCCCUAGUAUCACUGUUCCAUAAGAGUGCCAUAAUAUUCUGGACAUUUUCAGUGAAUCGUGCUGCAUUGAUAGCUAUUGAUGUGUGGAUUCAACCAUUCAUGGCAGCAUGUCUAUACCAGUCACCAUGAUGGAAAGAGAAGAUGUUGGCAGACGUUUGAUGAGGUUUGCGGAAAACAAUAAAAAGGGCUUGCUAGUAGGGUCUUAGUUGAAAUGAUCAGUAUGCUAACACACCAUAUUAAAGAAAACUUUCACGAGUUAACCCUGUAGUGUUGGAAUGGGACAAACCAAAUGUAUGUGACCGUCUGAUUUGAAAUCAGUUUUGACUCUUAAAACAUGCAUUCAUGUGAGAGAUGAAUAUCCAAAUGGCUGCUGGAAUUGACAAAGCUUACUAAGUGAAAUGGUCGCUCACUCUGCUCACGUGUCUCCUCCCUGG